ACACACACACAUCAGAAGAGUUUUCUGGGUCGUUUCUUGUUCUCCAGAUUAACUCGAAGCACAUGACGCCGGAGCUCGUGAUCGAGUCUCAGCUCAGACUCAUGAAAGGCUUUCUCUUUUCUCUUCUUUCCCUCUCCUGUUCAAGUCAUGGCCUCUCCGCGGCUGGAGACCUUCUGCUGCCCGAACCGCGACCCGGCCACGGCCUUCAUCACGGGCUUCCAGCCGCGGCUCUUCAGCGGGAUCUGCUCCAGCAGCGCCGCUCUGAGCCUCGCUCUCACCGGCCUCCAGCUGCUGCCCAAACACCGGCCCUUCAGAUACGGAGCUCCGCACAAACCCGCCUCCUCCAUCCGCAUCCUCUUCAUCAUCAGCGUCUGCGACAUGCUGGGCUGCGCAGGGAUGGUGGUCCCGUCCGUGUGGCUGGCGUCUCCGGAUCUGAUCGGCAGGAUCUCUGCAGGAAACAGCUCUGACGCCUGGCCUCAGGUGUUCUGCGUCGGGCGGAGCGCUGCUGAUGACUUGUGUGUGUCACAGAUGUGGAUCCAGCUGUUCUUCAGCGCCUCCUUCUGGUGGACCUUCUGUUACGCGGUGGACGUCUUCCUGGUGGUGAAGCGCUCGGCCGGCAUCAGUACCAUCGUCCUGUAUCACAUGAUCACGUGGGGUCUGACGCUGCUGCUGUGCGUGGAAGGAGUCGCCAUGCUUUACUACCCCUCCAUAUCCAGCUGUGAGGACGGUCUUCAGCACGCCAUCCCUCACUACAUCACCACGUACGCUCCCAUGCUGCUGGUGCUCCUCGUCAACCCGGCGCUGUUCGCCCGCACCGUCUCUGCUGUGACGUCUCUGCUGAAGGGUCAACAGGGAAUCUACACCGAGAACGAGAGACGCCUCGGAUCUGAGAUCAAAAUACGCUUCUUCAAGAUCAUGCUGGUGUUCGUCAUUUGCUGGUUGCCCAACAUCAUCAACGAGAGUCUGCUGUUUUAUCUGGAGAUGCAGGACGACGUUAAAGCUGACGGUCUGAGGAACGUCCGUAACGCCGCGCUCAUCACGUGGUUCAUAAUGGGGAUCCUGAACCCCAUGCAGGGCUUUCUGAACACGCUGGCGUUUCACGGCUGGACGGGGCUGAACGUGGACCUGAGCCGGCAGAGACGCCGCGAGCUGCCCUGGGACUCGGCCUCCACGUCUCUCGCGGGCGGCUUCACGCCCGUCGCCGGAUCGGCGCUGCUCUACCAGAGCCACGUUCAGGAGAUCAAGAAGAGCCUGAGCGCUAACGGACAGCAGCCCUCGGACGCCACCAGCGUCCUGUCUGAAGAUUCAGAGUCUAGUACAGUAGAAAUCCACAUAUCCAGUGAGCAGCGAGGGUUUGAGGACGUGAAGCUCGGAGCAUCACUGGAGAUCUCUACAGGAUGAACAUCUAACGCUCUCCAACGCUCUCCACGACUUCUGCCUGUUUGU